AUGCUCGACAUUACGUUUCGAUUUGCGAGUAACUCAACUAAUUGCAAAUGGAGUCACAAAACCCCUGGAAAUGAUUUGAACUCUCCUGGAAAUGUGUCGUUUUUGCUUCGUAAAGAGUGCGCGCCAAACAUGUGGACCGGCGACAUGCGCGCGCCCGCUGGUGAUGCAAACAUGCUGCUAAUUACGAGCAUUAUCAACCAACUGUCCACUCUAGUGAUGAAAUGCAAGGAAAAAGGUGCAUUACAUAACGCGCUUUUUGAGACUUAA